AGUUAUAUUAAUGUCUGAUUCACAAUAUUGCGAGACGAGAGCGUUGCGAUAGUGAAAUUGAUAUCCAGUUUUCGAUGUUUGGCCAAAUAAUUUCCUUUUUUUCAAACACAUUCUUCUAUUUCCUGUCAAAAACAAACAAUCACCCAAAAAAAUCGUAACUUAACCAAAUGGCUUACGAUUUAAAUGACCAAUAUUGUAAAUCAGGCAUAAGUUAGUCGUAUUGAACUUCUGAACGGAGGUUUUUAUUUUGGAUAAGGAACUUAGAACAAUUUUUCUUUUACGAAAUUUACAUUGACUUAUAAAGAGUGUUAUUUUGAAGCCAAUUGUGUAGCAAUAUAAACUUUUUUUUCAAUCAUUCAAACUUUUUCAUCGGCCGAUACUUAAACGUUCUAGUGUGGGCGCUUUCAUACAUUUUCAUACUGACUAAGAGACCGACUAAAAUGUCGGCCGAUCGAAAGUUUGUAGUGUAGAUGAGGUAAAAGUGUUUUUUUUUUUAAUUUUCAGAAACAUGCUUAAACCAAAAUGUCUGUAAAUGUUUUCUUUUAUCCUAACAACAAAAAACUUUUAAUAUCCUUUAUUUUAGAAAUUGCUGUUUUUACUAAAGGUCAACGUGGUAGCAUAUUACUUGAUUAUGACAAUUAUAAAUAUGUAAAGAAUCGUCGAUCAACACAUCGAACUUAUUGGAUAUGUUCAAAAAAGGAUACUCUACAAUGCAAAGCACGUGUUGUAACGGGCAAAGAUGAAAAGGAUCAUUGCAUAUCAUUGAACUUGGCACAAGCCUUCCACAUACCAUCAGAAAGCUUUAUACGCUGUGUUCCAACAAGUAAUUCAAUGCACCGAACCAAAAGCGGAUUAUCCAAUAGGAAGCCAAAAUUUCUCGAUGCCCGUACUUUUGAUAAUUGGGGACAAAUCAAAUAUACAACAUCACCACGUGGCAAUAAAUUAUUGUGCUAUGAAGGACAUCGUUUUAUUAAAAAUAAUAUUUAUGGAACAAAUAUUUAUUGGAAAUGUACAAAAUGGCAUAAUAAUUGCUUUCGCAUUGAUUUUAUCGAUUCAAAAAAGAACGGAGGCAAACUACUUGUCAUCAAUGGAUUUCGAUUUUUCCGCAAUAAAAAACGUGGCUCUCGCCAAUAUUGGAAAUGUAGUAAUUAUUACAAAGAAAAAUGUCCAGCUAUAGCAAUUUAUGAUGAAACUACAUUAAAUUUGCGUUUAUGCCAUCAACACCGACACACAACUAGCAAUGAUAUCGAAAUCAAACCAUUAAUAUCGUCCAGCAACAAUGACAUCGAAAUGAAACCGAUAAUCUCGCCGAAAGAAGAAUUAGCGACGUUACUUAAUGUCGAUAAUAGAAUAUAAUUUAUAUUUAUUAUUUAAUUUUUUGUUAAAAAAAUUGUUGUUUUUCUUUAUACAAAAAAAAAAGAAAAAAAAUUUUGUUAAGCUACAAAAAUUGAAGAAAACCCAAAAAAACAAACACAAAAAAAAUACUAAAAGAGUGAAUUAUUAUUUUUUUAAAGAAAGAAAAUAGACUAAAAAAUGGUUAAAGAGAAAAGAACUGGAAAAUACAUUUAUGUCGAGGACAGUACACUGGGACUGAUCCGAAAAUAAACUUUUCACUAUCAAAACGCGGUGGUCAACUCCUAUUCCUUGAUGGAUUGAAGUACUUUCGCAAUAACGAGAAUAGAACUAACUUAUUUUGGCGUUGUCAUUGGUAUUAUCGCCGCAUACGAUGUCCCGUAUUAAUUUGUAUGAAUAAAUUCGAUCCGAAUGAUUUUCGUCAGAUACAUCGACAUUGUCAUAUAAAAACUGAAAAACGACAAACAACUUCUACAUCGUCGACAAAUAAUAAAACUCAAAAGAAAUAAAAAUAAAAAGUCUUCUUUAUUUUUUUAAAAAUAAAAAAAAAAAUAUUAAAUAAAAAAAACCUA